GCACACAAAACGACAGCAGACGGUCUCUUAAUACCUUCACUGGUGUUGCUCUGCACAAUACUGACUAAGAAUGAAGACGUUCACCGCAUCAGCCUUCGUGCUUCUGAUCUGCACAGCUGCACUGCUGUCCACAACAGAUGGUAGACCUAGAAUAUAUCUACGCUGCGAGUGCCCUCAAACGUAUUCAAAGCCACAAAUUCCUGCCAAAAGAAUACUGUCGUUGAGGGUGAUUCCUGCUGGACCACAAUGCAAAAAUGAGGAGAUCAUUGCCACAAUGAAGAAAGGAAAGAUGUGUCUGGAUCCUACUGAAGGCUGGGUGAUUUCUCUUAAAGAAAAGUAAGUUCUUGUCUACAUAUGAUGGAUAAAAUGAUUAAUUAGCAUGAUUUUAAUUAUAAUAAUUCAAUCUUUUAAAUUCUGACUUUGUGCCUUGAUGCACAUUUCAUCCUUUAGACACUAACAUGUGUCUCUUUAUAUUUGCAGAAUUAACAACACAAGCCAACAAUGAAUUAAUAUCUCAAAUGAAGAAACUGAAGAAACUUUUAGUACUGUAAUGUAGAAUAUUUUUGAAUAAUAAUUUCUGGAUGAUAAAUGAUUUUAUCAAUGGUGAGUUUACU